AAUACACUUGUCAAUGAAAAUUUAACUGUAUAAAGUGGUAGUGGAGCAGUAGUGAAAAAAUAAAUCCCAUUGUCUCAUUCUCCAACCCCUCCCUGCCUCUUGUUUUUUUAUAUGUUGAGGGAGGGAAGAGGGGAGGGGGAGGAUAGGGGUCCCUAUCCAUCCAUCCAUCCACUACAAAUAAAUACUAGAGCAGAGUGCUUUCCUUUUCUCAUGUGUCCUCAGGUCACAGUCGCCGCCAUUAUCAUUACUUUCUACCACUUUAGUAUACUACCUAAACAAAACCCCUAUAUGUAUAUGAGUGUAUCAUAAUACUACUAUACUUUAAAAUAAAAUAAAAUGAAAAAUAGUUAUAUAUCCAUUUUCCAUUAUAUAUACACACAACAUAUCACCACCCUAUAGAAUCCCAUUGAUUUUCUUUCCCUUUUCUCUGUGAAUCUUGAAAUUCAAACCAUUUUGGUUUCAGUAACCGAUGCUCAGGGGAAAACGUUAAGUUUGAAGUGAUUCUUGAAGUGCAACCUGUUUUGUCUUGGGAAACUGAUAGCAGAGGCUUGAUCAAUGGCAGAGAAAGACCCUGCCUUUUUCUCCCACAAACUGCCUACUGCUUCUCAGGUGGUGGAGGAAUUGAAGGAGCUAUGGGGAAUGGCUUUGCCAAUAACAGCAAUGAAUUUCUUAGUCUAUGUUAGAGCAGUGGUGUCUGUUCUAUUCUUGGGCAGGCUUGGAAGUCUAGAACUUGCUGGUGGAGCACUUUCUAUUGGGUUCACAAACAUAACUGGUUACUCUGUUCUUGUUGGCCUUGCUUCAGGUCUUGAGCCUGUUUGUAGUCAAGCUUAUGGAAGCAAGAACUGGGACUUGCUGUCACUGUCUCUACAACGUAUGAUCUGCAUACUUUUGUUAGCUAUCAUUCCAAUAAGUCUUUUGUGGAUCAAUCUCGAGGCAAUCAUGCUUUUCAUGUGUCAAGAUAAGGAAAUAACAGCAAUGGCUGCAACUUACUGUAUCUAUUCACUUCCUGAUCUUGCAACAAACACUUUGUUACAGCCCCUGAGAGUUUAUCUGAGGUCACAGGGGGUAACUAAGCCUCAGAUGUGGUGCACUUUUGUGGCAGUGCUCUUUCAUGUGCCCUUGAACUAUUUUUUAGUAGUGGUGAUGGGACUAGGAGUUCCAGGAGUUGCUAUGGCUUCAGUGCUGACUAAUCUGCAUAUGAUGGUGCUGAUGAUGGGGUAUUUGUAUGUUUAUGGGAGGUGGGAGUGGAGAUGGACGGCUGGGAUUGGAGGGAUUUGUGGUGAGUUGGGGCCACUGCUGAAGUUGGCAGUUCCUAGUUGUAUAGGGAUCUGUUUGGAAUGGUGGUGGUAUGAGAUUGUGACUGUUCUUGCUGGAUAUUUGCCUAAUCCAAGGCUUGCUGUCGCUGCUACUGGGAUUAUGAUACAGACCACUAGCCUUAUGUAUACUGUUCCAAUGGCCUUGGCUGGCUGUGUAUCUGCUAGGGUCGGGAACGAGUUAGGAGCUGGGAAACCAUACAAAGCCAAGUUAGCUGCAGUAGUUGCAUUAGCUUGUGCUUUUGUGAUUGGAUUCAUAAAUGUUAUAUGGACAGUGAUCUUCAGGAACAAAUGGGGAGGCCUAUUUACAAAAGAUGAGAUGCUUCAAGCACUUGUUGCAUCAGUUUUACCAAUAAUAGGGUUGUGUGAGCUCGGAAACUGUCCUCAGACCACCGGUUGUGGGAUACUACGUGGAACAGCCCAGCCGGUUAUAGGUGCACGGAUCAACCUCGGCUCGUUUUACUUUGUGGGAACUCCAGUGGCAGUAGGCUUAGCCUUCUGGCUAAAAGUUGGGUUUAGUGGUCUAUGGUAUGGUCUGUUAUCAGCUCAAGUAGCCUGUGCUAUCUCAAUUCUAUAUGCUGUGCAUUGCUGCACAGAUUGGGAAGGCGAGGCAUUGAAAGCGAAGAAACUGACCAACUUGGAGAUGAUAGGGCAUAGAGAUGACACAACAAGUGAUGAUGAUGAACAAAAUGUCCUUUUGGUUAAUGAGAUGAUCAAGGACAAGUUUGAUGAUGUUCCAUAAAGAAAGGUUAAGCAAACAAGUAUGGAAUAUUAUUUGGAGGUUUUUUUUCUUUUUUUAGGGGGGGGCUGUCUUUUUGUUGUUUAGUUGCUUUUUUCAAGGCAUGGUUUUGUAAAAGAAAGAAAAAAAACAAAAGGAAUACAUAUCAUGGUGUCCCAUACAAAAAUGUUGUUCCAUAAUUUCAGGCUCUCUAAUAUAAUAACAUUUUGCUUUGAGUUGCUCACCCAUACAAGUGGUUCCUAUAUUAUAUUAGGGUGUUUACCUA